UUUAAACGUCAAAUUGUCGAUUAUACCGCUUUCACAUACAAGUAUAAAGAAUGAAUAUCCUGCAUCGCAAUAGUCUAUUUUUUGCAAUUCGGGGGUUUUGCAGAAAAUAUUCAUCUGCUUCUAGUGAACCAGCUGCAAAAACGGUGCUGCAUACUUCAAGGACAUAUUCAGGCGACACUCCCGUUAAGACAUCUGGUGAGCUACAUUUAACUAGUUCUCAUUAUGACCUAUAUAGACUUGAUAAGGGACCAUCAACAGUUAGUGAGGUUACCAGGGAAGAAUGUUUAAGAAUGUAUCGAGAUAUGUUAAUAAUGAGACGAAUGGAAAUUGUUGCCGCUAAUAUGUAUCUAAAGAAAGAAGUAAGAGGGUUUUGCCACGUAUACGUUGGUCAAGAAGCAUGCGCUGUUGGUAUCCAUUCCGUAAUGAGACCUCACGAUACGUCAAUCACCUCAUACAGAUGUCACGGUUGGGCAUACCUUGUUGGCGAAUCAGUCGAAAAUAUUUUUGCAGAGCUACUAGGGAAGGUCACUGGUUCUGCUAGGGGGAAGGGUGGUUCCAUACACAUAUAUGGAAAGAGAUUCUACGGAGGCAAUGGAAUAGUUGGUGCUCAGAUUCCCCUUGGUGCUGGUCUUGCACUGGCUCAUAAAUAUAAUAACGAUGGCGCUAUUUGUUUUUCUGUAAUGGGUGAUGGAGCUGUUGAUCAGGGUCAAGUUUAUGAAGCCUACAAUUUCGCAAAAUUACACGACCUACCAGUUGUAUUUAUAAUUGAAAAUAACCAAUAUAGUAUGGGUACGUCAACAAAACGACACUCGGCAAAUAUAGAUUAUUAUACGAGAGGUGACGUAAUCCCAGGUGUCAGAGUUGGAGGCAUGGAUAUAUUAGCUGUUAGAGAAGCAGGCAAAUUUGCUAUUGAUCAUAUUAAUAAAGGAAACGGACCGAUUAUUUUACAACUGGAUACAUACAGAUAUUAUGGACAUUCGAUGUCCGAUCCAGGCACUACCUACAGAACCAGGGACGAAGUUCGUCUUAUGAGAGAGAGUCAGGACUGCAUCAAAGGAUUCCAGGAUAAAUUAGUAUCGACAAAAGAAGUAACCGACGAACAACUAAAGAAGAUGGAAAAAGAAGUUAAACUUGAAAUUGACGAAGCGCUAAAAAGAGCAAUGGCGGCGCCUGCCCCAGCUGUUGAAGAAACGUAUUAUGAUAUCUACAGAGAUUAUUCAGACAAAGUAAAGAUGCCAGCUUGGGGUGCUUUUACACAACAUAAAAAUGUUAGUCAUUUGAUUCAGAAAGAAGAAGAAAAAAUUGACAUAAAGAAAAGUGAUAAAUCCAAACAAAAUAAGAAAAAAGGUUCAAAAUAAGUUAAUUUUACAUUAUUUAUUGUUGUCAAUUCUGUUUGGUUUUGAAGUUAAAUAAAUAUUAUUUUUA